AUGCGCCGGUUCCUCAGUAACCAGCAGGAGAUGUCUCAAGCAAACCUAGCGAAGGAGGUACUGCGAGAGAUCCCUGCCCAGCUGCUCUCCUACAUGCGACACAUCCAUGCUGUCAAGACCUCCCCAGACUUCAGGACCUCCCCAUACACUUCAGGACACCCCAUACAAGGACCCCACCAUACAAGGACCUCUAUGACAAGGAACCCUCCUACAUACAAGGACAACCCAUACAAGGACCCCAUUCAAGAACCCCCAUACAAAGACCACCCCAUUCAAGAACCCCCAUACAAAGACCACCCCAUUCAAGAACCCCCAUACAAAGACCACCCCAUUCAAGAACCUCCAUACAAAGACCACCCCAUUCAAGAACCCCUAUACAAAGACCACCCCAUUCAAGAACCCCCAUACAAAGACCUCCAUUCAAGAACCUUCAUGCAAAGACCCCCAUACAAAGAACCCCCAUUCAAGGACCCUCCCCCUUACAAAGACCCCUUAUGA